AUGAAGUUCGAUAUUACAAUUCCUGUGAUCACGCUACGGGUGGUGCUCAUAGUGCUCACCGUUUUAUCCAUAUCAUUUGGUGUGUUAUUCCCAUUAUCCUUCUUAUCAUUUAAUUAUUUCUACAAUUAUAUGAUCCCAAUUCCAACAAUAAGGCUACCAUUCUCACAUUAUAUAUUAAAUUAUGAUUUCAAAGAUAUACCACCUUUCAUUAUAAUCAGUAAAGAGCUUGAAAGUGUUUAUGGGAAUCAACAAAAUCCAAACAUUCCUUAUCCAUUGGAUGAUUUUGAACUUGAUUUGAAUUAUGAUUUCCAAUUAUUGUUUAAACCAUAUUGCAAAAAUAAUCAAAAUAGUUAUGAGCCAUUAAUGUAUAAAAUAACAAUUGUUACAGAUCAUUUAGUUAAUCAAUUGAGUCCUUAUGGUAAUAGAGCUUAUAUCUCAAAAAGAUUCCAUUUAUGGCCUGUCACAAAUAAUAUUCAUCAACUACAUAAUCAACAUGUGCUUGUUUCCAGUAUGAAUUCGAUAAUCUUGAAAUGUGGUGAAGAGAAACAACCAAUAAACCACAAGGUUGAUUCGUUGAUACCUCCGGUCUUGAAAUGGUUUGUUCCACCAGUUAUAUCAGAUUUUGAAUAUAGCAAAGAUGAUUCAAGAUUAAAAGUUGAUUUAUUGAAAGAUAUUAAUCUCGAAAAUUAUAUCAAUUCAGAAAAUUCAGAACUUUUCAAAAGCACUGAAAAUAUAAAUAUUGUCGUUGAAUUCAAUAGACCAGAUGUCAUCAUUGAUCCUAAUGAAUCUGAAAUUAUUAUCUCAAGUGCAUGGAAGGGAAUCAGAUACUACCUGUAUCACUACAGGGUUAUAAGCUACAUAUUAGGAGUUUUUAUCUUAUGGACAAUAUCAUCUGAUGUCCUAGUAUUGACUGUUAGUUUAUUGAUAUUAGUUAGGGAAUUAAGAUCAGAAGCUCAAGAAAUUGUGGAUCAUGAACAAGAAAAUACUGAAAUGAUUGAUGAUGAUGAUCUAACGUUGGCCCAACGAAGUACAAAAGAUGAUGCUAUAAGAUUGAGAAGAGGUAGUCAAGGGGAACUAUAUGGAAGAGAUAAUAAUAAUGGUAUUGAUUUUAGGGUCGAUGUUCAUGAAACUGUUACAAGUACUGAAAGUAGUGGUGAAGGUCCUCUUGAACAGAGUUCUCAAGUUUCGAGUGAAAACGCUACGACAUCAUCUACACCGUAA